ACCCUCACGACGACACCUCUCGUUUUCAAGAUAACCUACCUUUGUAUCUUGCAUAUCACCUUCUAAUUACUUCGCGACCCUAUAAUGGCGUCUCUCGCUGCUCCGCGAUCCGCCGUGCGAUACCUAACUCGAGCGGUGCCGUCGGUAACCUCCCGGAGAAGCAGCAAGCUUGCCACAGCAGCUUCAACAAGAUGCCUCCACCAGAUUUCCACUGCACCAUCAAUAACGGUUUCCUCUACACGGCAUAGACCGACCACUCAACGAUGGACUACCUCCAGUUUCACACCGGCCACCGCGAAUGGCCGGAGGACUAUGUUCAUCCAGACGGAAGACACUCCUAAUCCUGAUGCUCUUAAAUUCAACCCUAACAGCCGCGUGCUACCAGAGUCAAUUUCGUCGGCAUUCCUAGAGUACCUCUCACCUCGGUCAACGCUUGCGCCGCCACAUCCAUCUCCUCUCGCCGCACAACUCCUAAACGUAGACGGUGUCACUUCUGUCUUCCUCGCCACAGACUACAUCACAGUGUCCAAAGAUAGCGCCACGCCAUGGGCCCAUGUCAAGCCCGAGGUGUUCAGCAUCAUCAACGAGUUCAUGCUCUCCGGACAGCAGAUUGUGAACACGGUCGAAGACAAGGCGGGAGAGAGCGGACAAGGAGGUACCGAGGUUGACAGCCUUGCGUACGACGAGAACGACAGCGAGGUCGUGGGAAUGAUCAAAGAGCUUCUCGAGACCAGGAUCCGGCCCGCGAUUCAGGAAGAUGGCGGUGAUAUUGAAUUCCGGGGCUUUCACGACGGACAGGUGCUGCUCAAGUUGCGCGGAGCUUGCCGGACAUGCGACUCGAGUACAGUCACUCUCAAGAACGGCAUUGAAAGCAUGCUAAUGCAUUACAUCGAGGAAGUGCAGGGGGUGCAGCAGGUAUUAGACCAGGAAGAGGAGAUUGCCAUGGCCGAGUUUGCCAAGUUUGAAGAGAAGCUGCGGCAGCAAAAGGGCCCUGAUGCAGCGCCUUCGACGGUAGGCAAAGGCAGUCUCGACACGGUGGAAGGGUAGAGCAUGUAUGAGAGAAUGCAUUGUGUUGAGAUCGAUCCCGAUGCGGCGCAUAAGCUUGUGCCAAGGCCACAACGGGCUGCAUAAAUGCGGGAGCGGCGAGUGGACGGGCAGGCCUUGGCGUUGAGUUCGCAAGCCAAUGACGGCAUGGCGCUUUCGACGCCUUCUCGGGUUCCCAGCUGCAGCCUGGUGGGCCUGGUGGGCCGAAGCUUGCACCGGUCUCGGUGUCGCUGAGCACGGCGGAUGGUGAGGCCCACAGGCCCAGGAAAACCUCAGAUUCGCCUUCAUGAUAGAAUUGAAUAUCCUUGUAGAAGAG